GGUGCCAGAGUAUGGCUGCGGGAGAAGGACCAGCUGCAGCCAUGCACUGUUGGCUUCUGUGCCAAUGGAAACGUUCUCUUCACCUCAGACUAUGGCAUGGUGUUCCAGUACCCCAAGGCCACCUUGUCCAGAGAAAAGGUGUUACCCAUGCACCAGACCAGCGUUGAUGGGGUAGAAGACAUGUCCAUGCUGGGAGAUCUGCAUGAAGCUGCCAUCCUGCUUAACCUUCACCAGCGCUACCAGCAGGGUAACAUCUAUACAAACAUUGGCUCCAUCCUGGCAUCAGUAAACCCCUACAAAGCCAUCCCUGGUCUGUACAGCGUGGAUGCCAUAGAGCUGUACAGGCAGCACCGCCUGGGUGAGCUGCCUCCCCACAUCUUCGCCACCGCUAACGAGUGCUACUGCUGCUUGUGGAAGCGCCAUGACAGCCAGUGUGUGCUGAUAAGUGGAGAAAGUGGAGCUGGAAAGACUGAGAGCACCAAGUUGCUCCUGAAAUUCCUGUCAGCUAUGAGCCAGACCUCCCUCGGGGCCCCUGUGUGUGAGAAGAGCACUCACGUGGAAGAAGCCAUCCUGGAAAGCAGCCCCAUUCUGGAGGCCUUUGGAAAUGCCAAGACAGUUUAUAACAACAACUCCAGCCGCUUUGGCAAAUUCAUCCAGCUGCACUUCUCUCAGCAUGGACACAUCCAGGGAGGCCGGGUAACUGAUUAUUUACUGGAAAAGAACAGGGUGGUGCAUCAGAACCCUGGGGAGCGGAAUUACCACAUCUUUUAUGCUCUGCUAGCUGGUGUGAGCGGGGAGCAGAAAGAGAGCCUCUCCCUCUGUGAGCCAGAGGCUUAUCACUACUUGAACCAAUCUGGCUGUGUGACUGAUGAGAACCUGAAUGAUGUAGAGAUGUUCAGUAAGGUCAUGACUGCCAUGAAGGUGGUGGACUUCAGCACUGAAGAAAUCAGAGACAUCUUCAAACUUCUUUCUGGCACACUUCAUUUGGGAAAUGUCGAAUUCAUGACAGCUGGUGGGGCCCAGGUUACAACAAAAGCAGUGCUGAAUGUUGCCAGCGACCUCCUGGGCUUAGACGCCUUUCAGCUUUCUGAAGUACUGACACAGAGGUCCAUGAUUCUGCGUGGGGAAGAGAUCAGCUCCCCUCUCACUGUGGAGCAGGCAGCUGACUCCAGGGACUCCCUCUCUAUGGCACUCUAUUCCCAGUGUUUUUCAUGGCUCAUUAGCAAGAUUAAUACAAAGAUCAAAGGCAAGGAAAACUUUAAGUCUGUGGGCAUCCUGGAUAUCUUUGGCUUCGAGAACUUUCAGGUGAACCGUUUUGAGCAGUUUAACAUUAACUAUGCAAAUGAGAAACUCCAGGAAUAUUUCAACAAACACAUCUUCUCCUUGGAGCAGUUGGAGUACAACAGGGAAGGGAUAAACUGGGAAGCCAUUGACUGGAUGGAUAAUGCGGAGUGCCUGGACCUCAUUGAGAAGAAACUAGGUCUACUGGCUUUGGUGAAUGAAGAGAGUCGAUUCCCCAAAGGCACAGACAACACCCUUCUGGAAAAACUUCACAGCCAGCAUAUGAGCAACCCCUACUAUGUGAAGCCUCGGGUGACAGACCAUCAGUUUGGCAUAAGACAUUAUGCAGGGGAGGUGCUGUAUGAUGUGAGAGGCUUUCUGGAGAAGAACAGAGACACCUUUCGUGAUGACAUUUUAAACAUGCUGAAAGACAGCAGGCUGGACUUCAUCUAUGACCUUUUUGAAAGAGUCUGCAGUCGUUGCAGUGAAGAGACGCUGAAGAUGGGCACCCAGAGGCGCAGACCGACUGUCAGUUCCCAGUUCAGGGAUUCUCUCCAUUCCCUGAUGGCCACGCUCAGUACUUCCAACCCAUUUUUCAUCCGCUGCAUCAAACCAAAUACAGAAAAGGCGCCGAACCUCUUUAAUCCAGACGUGGUGCUAAACCAGCUCCGGUACUCGGGGAUGCUGGAGACAGUGAAAGUGAGGAGAGCUGGUUUCCCUGUACGGCGCCUUUUCCAGGACUUCCUCAGCAGGUACAAGAUGCUUGUGAAGGGUCCAAGCCCCUCAGACAACAGCAAAGCUGUAUGUGCAGGUUUUCUUCAGACCUAUGACAGCAGCAAGAAAGAAUGGCAGCUGGGUAAAACCAAGGUUUUCCUGAAGGAAGCUCUUGAGCAGAAGCUGGAGAAGGAUCGGGAAGAGGAGUUGAGGAAAGCAGCAAUAGUCAUCCGGGCCCACGUCUUGGGCUACAUGGCAAGGAAGAAGUACCAGAAGGUGCUCUCCAGUGUGGUGGUAAUCCAGAAGAACUACCGGGCGUACCUGUGGAAGAGGAGCCUGCUGCGGCUGAAGGCCUCGGCGGUGACGCUGCAGAAGCACUGGCGCGGCCGCCUGGCCCGCGGCCGCUACCAGCAGCUGCUGCGGGAGCUGCGGCGCCGGCGGGAGGAGGAGGAGGAGAGCAGGAGGCAGCAGGAGCAAGAGCGCCUCAGAAGAGAGCAAGAGGAGAGGCAAUGGCGAGAAGAGGAGGAGCGUAGGAGGAAACAGGAAGAGGAAGAGGGGAAGGAAAGAGAAAAGGAGCAGCUGAAUGCACUUCUGCAGGUGGCCCAGGUGGAAACAGUAAACACUGAGGAGGUGGAUAUUCCCCUGCAAGAAGAGGAGAGACGUCAGAUGGAGGAGAUCUUGAGACUGGAGAAGGAGAUUGAAAAGUUGCAGCAACAGAAAGAGGAUCACAUGUCUGUCAUCUCUGAAGACACCAGGAAUGAAAUCUGUCGGCAGCGAGAAGAAGAGAUACAGAGGUUGGAAAAAGAGGCAUCAAGGGUUGCCCAGGAAUUCUUGGAGCUGCUGGAUUUUGGCAAUCUGGAUGAAAGUGUGCAGAACUUAGAACGCUCACUUUCUAGUGAGGGGACACUGAACAUUGACUGCAGCCUGGUGGCACCACUGGCUGAAGAAGAAGUGGAUGAGGGUUUUCAUGCUGAUGAUGAAGGACGGCCAGCUUCCAGUCUGGUCUCAAAUCAGCAUGGCACAAGAAACAGUGGUAACUACUCAAAGGAGGUUACAAACACAAAGCUUUUGCAUCUCCAGAGGGAAGUGGGAGAGGUUGCCCAUGCUCCAGGAUUGCUUGUGGAAAGAACCACUAGCCCCAAGGAGCAGGGAGCCCUGUCUGACCCAGCAGAAAGCAUUUAUAGCACUGUCUCUGAUACACAGAGAAGUAACAGUGGAGGGGCAGGAGAGCCCAUUUACACCUGUCCCCCAGAUGUGGAGUCUGACUAUGACCAUGAGAGUAACAGUGGAGGGGCAGGAGAGCCCAUUGACACCUGCCCCCCAGAUGUGGAGUCUGACUAUGACCAUGAGGAGUUUGAUGGCUGUGGAGAUGCAGGUAAUGCCUCAGCUGAGCCUCUGAAUGAUGAGGAGGGUCUGAGACACUCCCAUGGUACCAGCCUGGACUCCAACCGUGGCAGCCUGGACUCGUUUCUGGAGAGUGAAGAAGAAGUGGAUGUUUACAUUGAUACAGAUGAAGAGUUUUGUAAUGGACGAGUCACUAUCUUCAAUGGCUCAGGGCCGCCCUACUUUCACAGUUACCUCUACAUGAAAGGAGGGCUCAUGAACCCGUGGCGGCGGCGCUGGUGUGUGCUGAAGAACGAGGCCUUCAUGUGGUUCCGCACCAAGCAGGAGGCCCUGAAGUCAGGCUGGCUCUACAAAAAGGGCGGGGGAAUGUCAACGCUCUCCCGCCGCAACUGGAAACGCCGCUGGUUUGUGCUCCGGGAAUCCAAGCUCAUGUACUUCGAGAAUGAUAGUGAGGAAAAGCUGAAGGGGACUAUUGAUAUCAGAAGGGCAAAAGAAAUUGUGGAUAUUCAUGAGAAGGAGAAUGCCUUGGACAUUGUGACAGAAGACCGAGUUUACCACAUUGUUGCAGAGUCACCAGAAGAUGCCAGUGGUUGGUUUAAUGUCCUGAGCCGAGUGCACAGCGCUACAGCACAGCAGCUGAGGGAAAUGCAGGAUGAACAGGCCAAUCCAAAGAAUGCUGUGGGAACCCUGGAUGUUGGGCUUAUCGACUCUGUUUGUGCCUCAGACAAUCCUGAUAGACCAAAUUCUUUUGUGAUCAUCACAGCCAAUCGUGUGAUUCACUGCAACAGCGACACUCCUGAGGAAAUGCAUCACUGGAUCUCCCUGCUGCAGAAACCCAAAGGCGAAUCCAAGGUUGAUGGGCAGGAAUUCCUUGUGAGAGGUUGGCUUCAUAAGGAGGUUCAGAGCAGCAACAAGAUGUCCUCUCUGAAGAUGAAGAAGCGCUGGUUUGUUCUGACAAACACUGCCCUGGACUACUACAAGUCCUCCGAGCGCACGGCUGCCAAGCUCGGGACGCUCGUGCUCAACAGCCUCUGCUCCGUCGUGCAGCCUGAUGAGAGGGUCUUCAAAGACACAGGCUACUGGAACAUCAUAGUCCACGGGCGGAAGCACUCCUACAGGCUGUACACCAAGCUGCUGAACGAAGCCAUGCGCUGGGCCUCUGCCAUCCAGGGCGUCAUUGACAGCAAAGUUCCCAUAGAAACUCCUACACAGCAGCUCAUUCGGGACAUCAGGGAAAACAGCACAAACUUUGAAGUAGUGGAACAGACGUACAGGAGGAACCCGAUCUUGCGCUACACCCAGCACCCCUUGCAUUCCCCACUGCUGCCACUGCCCUAUGGAGAUGUCAGUGUCAACUUGCAACAAGAGAAGGGUUACAGCAGCUUACAGGAUGAAGCAGUGAAGAUCUUUAACUCCCUUCAGGAAAUCGAGACAGUGUCUGACCCCAUACCCAUUAUCCAAGGCAUCCUGCAGACCUGCCACGAUUUAAAGCCCCUCCGUGAUGAAGUGUACUGUCAGCUCAUCAAGCAAACCAACCACAUGCCACAUCCCAACAGUACUGGGAACCUGCACCACUGGCAGCUGAUGACCUGUAUGAGCUGCACUUUCCUGCCCAGCAGAGGGAUCCUGCGCUACCUCAAGUUCCACCUCCGAAGGGUAAAAGAUCUCUUUCCAGACUCAGAAAUAGACAGGUAUGCACAGUUCAUAAGUGAUUCCCUGAAGAGAACAAAGACGAGGGAGUUUGUGCCCUCCCAGGAGGAAAUACAGGCUCUUCUCACCCGUGAGGAAAUGACCACAACAGUCUAUUGCCAUGGUGGUGGCUCCUGCAAAAUAACCAUCAACUCCCACACCAGUGCUGGGGAGGUGGUUGAAAAGCUGAUCCGAGGGCUGGCAAUGGAGGACAGCCGGAAUAUGUUUGCGCUCUUUGAACACAAUCAGCAGGUUGACCGUGCUGUGGAGAGUCGGGUGAUUGUGGCUGAUAUCUUGGCCAAGUUUGAGAGACUUGCUGGCUCUGAAGAAGAUGAGGAGGAAGGGCAGUGGCAACUGUAUUUUAAGCUUUAUUGCUUCUUGGAUAUUGAGAAUGUUCCCAAAGAUGGUGUGGAAUUUGCCUUCAUGUUUGAGCAGGCUCAUGAAAGCCUCAUAGCUGGUCAUUUCCCUGGGCCGGAGGACACUCUGCAGCGUCUGGCAGCUCUGCGGCUGCAGUAUCUGCAUGGAGAUUAUUCCAAAAUAAGCUGGACCCUUGAUGGAAUCUACCCAGUCAACAGGCUGAAAUCCAAAAUCCUGCACUCAACCAAGAGCAGCAGCAGUACCAGUCACACUCUGGAGAGGAGAAGGACCAGCUUCCUUGAAGGGACAUUGAAGCGGAGCUUCAAGACAGGGUCUGUAAAGAAGCAGAAGGUGGAAGAGGAGCAGAUGAUGGAGAUGUGGGUGAAAGAAGAGCUUUCAGCUGCUCGGGCAAGCAUAGCACAGAAAUGGACCAAGCUGCAGGGGCUCUCUCAGCACCAGGCCAUGGUGAAAUACAUGUCCAUUGUAAAGGAGUGGCCAGGUUAUGGGUCAACCCUCUUUGAUGUUGAGUGCAAAGAGGGUGGAUUCCCCAAUGAUCUCUGGCUUGGCGUCAGCACUGAGAAUGUGUCUGUCUACAAACGAGGGGAUCCUAAACCAUUAGAAACUUUCCAGUAUGAACACAUUGUUUUCUUUGGAGCACCACAGCCCAACACCUUCAAAAUUACAGUGGAUGAGAGAGAAAUGUUCUUUGAAACCUCCCAGGUGGGCGAGAUCAUCAAGAUCAUGAAAGCAUACAUCAACAUGAUUGUGAAGAAACGCUGCAGUGUCAAAUCAGCCACCAGUGUGGACAGUCAUGCAAGCAUCUGGACUAGGUGAUACAGAUGAACUGGCACUAGUUUAGUCAUGGGUAUUUGCAACUUGCCAGCACAAGUGUAGCAAAGAUGUUUUUUAAGAAUUCAGCUGACUACUGUAUUUAAAACCUGAAGUGACAUCUACAGAACCAUAGGAUUUGCACCUCUGCCCAAAGACAUUAAACGGUUACAGCUGUUAAAUACUAAUGACCCAAAACUUGUUUUCCCCUUGCUUGUUUGAUGAACAAUGUACCUUAAAGAAGCAAAGUCAGAAGCGUCCUCCUCCUCCGUGUCCUCACUGCUGCUUUCAGUAUCACCUGUCAUACUGGCAGAAAAAUUCACAAGGAUCAUUUCUGCAGGAGAGGAGACAGACUUAAGCUUCCUUAAGAAUUUUGAAUAUGCAGACAUCUGGGAUCAUGUGAUCACAGCAUGGUCUGCUAAAAGAAUAUUUGUUUUAUUUAUUUUGCAAACACAUCUAAAAUACAAAUCACUGUGGGUUUGGUUUUUUUUCUUCAGGAUGUACUAAUGAUCUGACCUGGUCCUAAAAAAAAAAAAAAGCCUUUGUAUAAUUGAAGCCAAGUGUUCCAACAGAGAGGUCAAACCCUACAUGAGAGAGCAUUAAACAAAGAAACAAA